AUGGCAGCAUGGAUCAACAUCUGUUAUUGUUUUGCCUUAUUUCUCAUCAUAAAUCGCUACUCAACAACCGCCCAGCUGCCCUACGACUACCCUAGUGCAAAUCUUUCCACCACAUGGAACACCUCUAAUCCGUUUGUUUCUUAUGAAGGUGAAAUACGGUUUCAACCCAUCCUCGUCAGAAGAACAUUAGGUUCCAAACUAGGACCCAAAUUCGCUUGUGGUUUCUACUGCAAUGGAACCUGCACAUCUUACCUCUUUGCUGUCUACAUUGUACAACCUUUUAACACUCCUUCUGGUAUAAACCCCCCUCAAGUCGUUUGGUCAGCCAAUCGAGACUAUCUCGUUAGUAAUAGUGCAAAACUGAGUUUCACUGCAACCGGAGAUUUGGUCCUUGGGAAUGUGGAUGGAAGCACAGUUUGGACUACCAACACGAGCGGCAAAUCUGUUGUUGGUAUGAACUUAACUGACAAUGGAAACCUAGUGUUGUUUGAUGUCAAUGGCUCUGUGGUUUGGCAAUCUUUUGAUUACCCGACCGACUCAUUGGUGCUGGGUCAAAGGCUAUUUCUUGGACAGCAGUUGACGCCUAGUGUUUCGUCAACCAACUGGACAGCUCAAAAAGGUUUGUUUUCUUUACAAGUAACUGAUGAAGGUUUAGUUGCUAGUCUUGGAUCAAACCCACCUCAAGUCUAUUACAAAACCCAGGAGUUGAAAGUUUCCAGGAAUAAUACAAUUAGUAAAGAAAGAAAAUAUGUAAGGUUCUUGAGAGGGAGCUUGUCUUUAUUCUUUUCUACUACUGAGCCUGACGAUCCUGACCGUUCAAUUUACUUACCUGUAGCAACAUCGACUCAAUAUAUGAAAUUCAUGCCUGAUGGGCGUUUGAAAGUGUUUGAAUGGAGAUCAGGAAGUUGGUCUGAGGUGGCUGAUCUAUUUACCGAUAAACGGUAUGGGGAGUGUACUUAUCCUUUUUCUUGUGGAAGAAAUGCCAUUUGUACAAACAAGCAACAAUGUAGUUGUCCAGUAUCAAGCCCUCACAUGAUAGACUAUUUCAGACCAGUGAACGAUCGGCAACCUAACUUGGGUUGCUCUGAAAUUACUCCUCUCACAUGUAAUGCAACCCAGAAGGAUCAUGUUUUUAUUCCUCUCCAGAACGUCUCCUUUUACAGCUAUUCCCCACGAGAAACGAAGGCCCGUUACAGCUAUUCCCCACCAGACAUGAAGGAUGUGAGUUUGGAGAUUUGCAAGCAAGCAUGUCUCAACAACUGCUCCUGUAAAGCAGCUUUUUUUCAGUAUGAUUCAAAUGCUUCAAGUGGAGAUUGUUUUUUGCCUUCAGAGAUAUUCACAAUGAAGACUAUCGAUCCAUAUUUUCAUGCUACAUCUUUCAUAAAAGUCCAAAACGUAAAAUCAACUCCUUCAUCUAGGUCCCCAAUAAGUAAGAAAAAAAGUAGGCCAAUUGCUGUAGUUAUAGCUUCUACUAUUGCAAGUUCCUUGGUUCUGCUUGUAGCUGUAGCGGGUAUUGUGUUCUUAUAUCGCAAGCUAAGAUCGGGCACUGAUAUGGAGGAAGAGUAUAUAGAUUCAGUUCCAGGAAUGCCUACUCGGUUUACCUUUGAAGAACUAAAAACCGCCACAGAAAAUUUUACUAAAAAGCUUGGUCAAGGAGGAUUUGGAUCAGUUUUCGAAGGGACUCUUGAAGAUAACUCAAAGAUUGCAGUAAAAUGUCUUGAGGGUGUUGGGCGGGUUAACAAAUCAUUCCUAGCUGAGGUUGAAUCCAUUGGAAGCAUUCACCAUGUGAAUCUAGUUAGACUUAGAGGAUUUGGUGCUUGGAAAUCACAACGGUUUCUCGUAUAUGAUUUCAUGAGUAACGGGUCACUAGAUAAGUGGAUCUACCAUGGAAAUGGAGAAAGCGUACUAGGAUGGGAAUGCAGAAAGAAAAUCAUUCUUGAUAUAGCCAAAGGUUUAGCAUAUCUCCAUGAAGAUUGCAGGCAAAAAAUCAUCCACCUCGACAUUAAACCUCAAAACAUACUCCUAGAUGAAGAUUUCAAUGCAAAAGUAUCUGAUUUUGGGUUAUCUAAACUUAUUGACAGAGGCCAAAGCCAUGUUACGACUACAAUGAAAGGAACCCCGGGAUAUAUGGCUCCCGAAUGGCUAAGCUCAGUUAUAACUGAAAAAGUGGAUGUAUACAGCUUUGGGAUUGUUUUGUUAGAGAUUUUGUGUGGGAGGAGGAACUUUGACAGGUCUCAGCCCGAAGAAACAUGCCAUUUACUUGAAGUUUUUCAAAGAUGUUGGGAACAAGGGACGUUGCUAGAUAUUGUUGACAAGUACAGUGAAGAUAUGCAGACACACGGCUCAGAAGUUGUGGAGAUGAUGAAAGUGGCUUCGUGGUGUUUGCAAACUAAUUUUACAAGAAGGCCUCCCAUGUCAUCCGUGGUUAAUGUAUUAGAAGGACGAAUGAAUGUGGAGUUGAACUUGGAUUAUAAUUUUACUGAUUUUAGCCUGCAAAACACACGAAUCGAACAUCAGAGAGAUACGACAACAUUGUUUGCUUCUGUUCUAUCUGGUCCUAGGUGA